AUGUCACCUCAAGAUUCUCUCGCACCAAACUCUUCUAAAUUGCAUUGGGAAAAAGUCUACACUGAAAAACCAAACGAUCAUCAAGUGAGUUGGUUUCAAGAAAGUCCUGAAACUUCUCUCACUCUCAUCGAUGAAUGUUUGACUCGUUUGACGAACGAUCAUCAAAAUGAAUCAUCGACACCCAUCAUCACUCUGAUGGAUAUUGGUAGCGGAAAUUCAAAUCUUGUGAUUGAAUUAUUGAAGCAAACGAUUGCAAAGAAGGAACAAGGCAACGUCAACAACAAAUACAUUCAAUCCUUUUAUUUGGUGGAUAUUUCUGGAGCAGCGUUGGAGAGGACUCGCCAAAAGCUCUUCAAACAAGUAUCGAAUGAACAAAUUCAAAAAGAAAAUUUGAGAGUGGAAUUUGUGGAGAGUAAUGUCUUGUUGUUGGAACAACAUUCAGCAUUUCAUUCAAAUUCUCGCCCCAGUAUUGACAUUUGGCAUGAUCGAGCAACGUUUCAUUUUCUUACUGAUGAGAAGGAUCAACUCUCAUAUCUCAAGAUUGUGUCAGACCUCUUGAAAGUUGGUGGAUAUUUCGUGUUGGCCACUUUUUCCUCCAAUAAUGGACCUAAACAAUGCAGUGGAUUGCCCAUUGUUCAAUAUGACGUGGAAAAACUUGGAAAAUUGUUGGAACAAGUGAAGGAUGUGUUGCAAUUCGAGUUGGCGAAGAGUUUUGAGCAAAUUCAUGUGACUCCUUUCAAUACCCAACAAAACUUUUUAUUCUGUGUGUUUCAACGAGUGAAAUAA